AUGGCGCCGGGCACCUCCGAACCGCCUGCACCUCACCCCAACGCCGCCCUCUGGGCGCAGGCCACCGCGAUUCCCAGCGUCCGCUCCCACGUCCCCAUCGUCCUCGAGUUCAAGAGCGUUGUCUUCCCCAAGUGGAGGACCUUCUUCAAUAUCGCCGUCACCACCUACGCCCUCGAGGAUCACCUCACCUCCGAGAAACCCUCCACCGACCCAACGUGGCUCCGCCUCAACGUCCUCGUGCUUCGCUGGCUCUAUGGCUCCAUGGCCAUGGAUAUCGUCGACCUCAUCAUGCCCACCAACUCCGCCACCGCCACCGCGUACAAGGUCUGGACCGCCGUCCUCGCGCUCUUCAACGACAACCAAAAGAGCCGCGAGAUUUAUCUCGCCGAGGAGUUCCACAACAUCAAGCAGGAGGAUCGGUCCAUCACCGAGUACCUUCACCUGCAAAAGACGGCGGCUGACGCCCUCGCCGAGGUCGGUGCGCCCGUCUCCGAUCCCGAGCUCGUCACCAACGUCAUCAAGGGUCUCCACGAGCGCUUCGACAGCGUCGCCGACAUCGCCCCCUCCUCACGCCGCCUCUCGGCGCUCCAACAACACCUCGGCUCCGCCUUCUACGCCGCCAAAGGACCAGCCCCCGCUCCUCCCAGCGGUGGCGGUGCGUCCUCCGGGGGCGGCGGUGGUGCUCCUUCCGGGGCGGCCGGUGGCCGGCCAUGGCGGGCUCCCGCCCACAACCCUCAUGCCACCGGCUAUGGCAAGGGGAAGGGAAAGAACAAGGGCCACAAGUCUGCCGGUGGCGCUCCUCCAAUGCCGACUCCUUUCAACCCUUGGACAGAAGCCAUCCAGAUGUGGCCCAUGCAGUCCCGCCCCAACAGCACCGGCAGCAGUGGCAUCCUUGGACGGGGUCCGGGCUCACGCGCCCACGCCUACAUGGCCGCUCCCCCGGCUGCCUCCGGCGCGCCCUACGGCGGCUAUGGCGCAGCUCCGUACGGCGCUGUGCUGUUAGAAUUAAUGGGCUAG